AGCUAUCCCCUUCCACAACCAGUUAUUUUUUGUUACUUCUGAGAUCGAGAAAAGGAAGUUACACCUCUUGGAAAUGUACCGUCUGAAUUAGAAGGAGAGAUAUGUUUUAAUCUUUUAAUAGCCUUGGUCCACACUGCGCUUGGAAAACAUGGAGAAACCGUGCAAUCUGGGCGUUCCACAGCUCAGCAAUGAGAUGCAGCUGAGUAUUAUGAACAUGGUGAAGAGAGGAGAGCUGCGCGUUGAGGAUGCCAUACAGCAGGCCAGGAAGAACAAUCUGGAACUAUUUCAGGAGAAGGAAAAACAAGCAACGCAGUAUAACUUCAGUGUCCACAAAUUCAACCGCUAUCGCUGGCAGAAACGUAUACUGCAAGUGGAUUUUAACUCCAAGAUGGUGUGCAGCAUAGAGAAAGGCAUCGUUAAGCGGAAGCUCCCGUUUGCGAUUGUGAAGAACUGCCACGACGGUUCGGGCACUCGGUUCUCCAUCUCAUUUAAGGCGCGCCAUGACUACGAGCUUGAGGCCACAUCGCUGCAAGAGAAGCAAAAGAUUUUGCAGUUGGUGAGUCAGAUCAUCCAGAGCAACAUCUACAGCCAGGCAGCUGAGCACCCAGAGGAGCCUUAUGGGGCCACUCCAGCGCCAGAGAGGCUGCGGCAGGGCCCGCUGCUACUGCAGAAGGGAGGCUUGGCCUCUUUCAAAUGGAAAAGGUAUGAAGCCCACCUCCAUGCGGGCCAGCUGACCCUGUUGCCUAGUGGUGGUGGUCAGCCACGAGACGUCAGUGACACUGUCGUCACCAGCUCCACGCUGCCCAUCAUCAUCCAUUUCUCCGAUGGCAAGGCCAGAGUACAGCCCUCCACCUCCACUGACGCUUUCACCCUCCUCACACAAUGCAGCACAUAUCAGUUCCGGGUACCCACGACAAGUGUUCAGCAGACAACGGAGAAGGUUCAGGAGGAGAGGGACUCGUGGGUCACGGCUAUCGACCGCCUGUGUGAGAAGUGGAAGCGCAGCUCCCAGUCCGAGCCCAUAUACGCGGAGCUCAAAGAGCUGAGGCAGUCCAGGCCGGUCUCUGGGCUCUUCAGUCAGGCCGUAGGAGCAACACUGUCUGACGCCCUGCUACCUUUAAAGGAAGUGGUGUCUGAUCCGAUGGUGCCCCCCAAUGAAGCGACAUCCGACCCCCCCUCCAGAUCCUUGAAGGAAAUGACAUCUGACCCACCCAGAGCCUCAAAGGAAGUAACGUCAGAGCCACAGCUACACUCAAAGCAAGUGACCUCAGAGACUGCGUUAUGCUCGAAGGAAGUCGCAACACCUGAUCCACCGCGACCUUCAAAGGAGGUGGUGUAUGAUGUCCUGCCACUUCCAAGGAAAAUGGCCUCUGACCCACUGCUUCCCUCAAGGGAGGGCACCUCAGGCCUAGUGCCACAGUCGAAGGAAAUUAUGUCAGACACACUGCUCCUCUCAAAGGAAGUGACAUCAAACCCACUGUCACCCUCCAAGGAAAUGAUGUCAGAACCACUGCUCCCUUCCAAGGAAGUGACAUCAAACCCAGUGUCACCCACAGCGAUAUAUGAUGAAUUGGUACUCACAAACACUGUGGUCUCUGGCCCAAUGGCACCCUCAAAAGGCGUGUUGUCUUCUGAUACGUUGUAUGACAAUAAAGCGGAGGCUACAGUGCCUAACAAUGCCAAGUCUCCUCAUCUUCCGAUCUCAACACCAUUGGUUAGGCCUUGCAGUCCAGUGCCUUUGCCAACCACACCCACACGGUCUCCUUUGCCAACCACACCCACACGGUCUCCUUUGCAGCCAGUGUAUGUAUCACCACCUCCACCACCCGCGCCGCCACCACCACUUCUCCCCUGGAGGAGGAUGCUGCCCAAGAAGCGCACCAAAGCCUUCCACUGGGACCUGGUGGCUCAGGAUAAGAUUGACAAAUCCUUCUGGGCACAUGGAAUUAAUGGUAGGGUGGUGAAGAUUGACACCGAUCGGCUCUACUCUCAGUUCAAAGUCAAAGCCCUCGAGAAACUCACUGAGAGUCUGGACUCCAGCCAUCACGUGGAGAUCAUGCUGAAUCAGAAGAUUGCACAUAACUUUAACAUUUUCCUCAAAAGUUUCCCGGUUCAGCCAGAGGAGUUGCAGGAGAAGCUGUUCAUCAUUAACGAGGAGGACGGCGGCCUAUCUGAUGAGCAAAUUGCCUCUCUCAGGAGAUAUGUGCCAACUGUAGAUGAUGUGGAGAUGUACAAGUCAUACAAAGGGCCGGUGUCAGACCUUCACAUAGUGGACCAAUACAUGUUGGCUAUGUGCCAUAUUUCAUAUUUGAGUCCACGCCUGGACCUUUUACUCAUACUCAGAGAGCUGCCCAUCACCAUGGAGGACCUGGAACCGCUGAUUGACCAGAUGAUCCAGGUGUGCCACAAGCUUGUCAACUCCCAGUCGUUUGUGUGUGUGCUGGAGUACUUGCUGGCUGUGGGCAAUUACCUGAAUGAACACGCGGGCAAAGACAAGGCAAAAGGAUUUCGCCUCUCAUCCUUGACUAAACUGUCUCAAUUGCGCGGGGCAGAGAGGCACGUCACCUUGCUGCAUGCCCUUGUGGAGCAGAUCGUGUUGCACGAGCCCGGCCUGGCCACCUUCCCCUCCGAGCUGGCGGAAUUUGACACGGUCCCUGGGGCUUCUAUCAAAGGCCUGACUGCGGAGAUAGAUGUGGUGAAGAAUGAGCUUCAGAAGGUCCAACAAUACAGAAAGACCUACAAGAAAAAGAACCCCAUCUCCCAUCAUCUAAAGUUCUCCAAAGACUUGAAGACGGCCAUCGAGAGGUACAACGCGGACCUGCAGCGGCUGACAAAGAAAAGUGCGGAGAUGAGGAAGAUCUACGCUGACAUCUUGGUGAAGUUUGGGGAGGCAGCUGACCAGGACUCGCAGGAGCUGUUCGGUUGGGUGUGCCACUUCAUUACUGAGUUCAAGAAAGUCCAUGCAGAACUUUCCAGAUAACGACUUAGAAGAGAGACCAUCCGAAACACAGGCGAGAGAGAGAGAGAGAGAGAGAGAGAGAGAGAGAGAGAGAGAGAGAGAGAGAGAGAGAGAGAGAGAGAGAGAGAGAGAGAGAGAGAGAGAGAGAGAGAGAGACCAUGGAUUAUUAAUUAUGUUUGUAUUACUUCUGUGUGUUUUUAGUCUUGUUUAUUUGUCAUAUUAUAUGUAUGAUUUUGUAAUGUGUGAAAGAGCAUAUGAGAUGAGAGCAUCAGUGAUCAAAUCUGAACUGAGCUUGAAGAUGAAUUACAUCACUAAUUGACUUUUGAGAACACUUGGUGAGGGCCAUGACUGUAGCAGCAUCACAGUAAUAUUAUUUAUCCAUUUUGACACUAGUAUUUUUAAUAUAUAUAUACAUUACAAGUGAUCACAUUCUUUGAUUUUAGUGCAGUGAUAGGUCAGCCAGCCCAUGUAGAUUGUUUGUCAUUUUUCUAAUGUACCAAUUCUUUAAAAAAAAUAAACAAGCAAGCAAACAAACCUGACUGUAGCCUCCCCAAGCAAUCAAUGACAAAGUAAAAGUGGGCCCUCAGCAUGACUGCAUUAUUUUUCAAUUAACGAGCUGAACAUGGCGAAUGGUGACUUCACAGCUUACUCUUGGUUGUGAUGCUUCACUUCCAUUCUAGAGUAACAUGAGCGCUUCAGAAGAGUGCCAACCUUGACAAAUCCACAAUUGUCACUUGUCCAAAAGCAAAGAAUGAGCUGGGGGCUUUUGGGAGAACUGACACCUAUCAAAAUGAAACGUUGUGAUCUUUUGAAGCCAACUAUGGUACACUGACUACUUUGUCCUCUGAUCACUGAAAAAGGUUGAUGCAAUCAGCAGAGCCAUCAUCAUUUUUUGAGACUUUGAGACUUAACUCUGUCUUAUUUGUGAAAAUAAACAGACACCCUGGACAACACUUGAAGAAAGAUAGGCUAUAAUUUAGGAUGCAUCAAACUUCUUGAUGAUAGAUUCGUAUUGUAAAUCAAAAAAAGUAAUGGUCAAAGUGGUAAUGCAGCCAUGACACAAAGAGAAUUAAUGAACUGUAUGUGUUACCUCAAAGAUCAUUUCAAAGUU